CCUAACAUGAGAAUUUUGGUUACUGGAGGAGCUGGAUUUAUUGGUUCGCACCUAGUAGACAAAUUGAUGGAGAAUGAGAAGAAUGAGGUUAUUGUUGUGGACAACUUUUUCACUGGUUCGAAGGAUAAUCUUAAAAAAUGGAUUGGUCAUCCCAGAUUUGAGCUUAGGCGCCAUGAUGUGACCGAGCCCUUGUUAGUUAAAGUUGAUAAGAUUUAUCAUCUUGCAUGUCCUGCUUCUCCAAUUUUCUACAAGUACAAUCCCAUUAAGACCAUAAAGACUAGUGUCAUUGGCACGCUAAAUAUGUUGGGCUUAGCAAAGCGUACCAGAGCAAGGAUUCUGCUCACGUCAACCUCAGAGGUUUACGGUGACCCUCUUGUGCAUCCCCAACCCGAGAGCUAUUGGGGUAAUGUCAACUCAAUUGGAGUUCGGAGCUGUUAUGAUGAAGGGAAGCGUGUGGCAGAGACAUUGAUGUUUGACUACCACCGACAGCAUGGGAUUGGUAAUUAGUUGUUUCUUUGAUACUAUUCAGGUUCU